UUAUUAUUUUAAGUUCAUAAAGUAAAGUAUUUUGUAUAAAGUAUUUUGUUAUAUAACAUAUAUAAUGCUAUAUAUGUGAGGAUAAUAAAAUCUCAACACCUUGUAAUCAUUUGAACUUUAUGGAUAUUUUAAGUUUUUACAAUUAAGUAUAUGAAGCCCCCGCCUUUAAAAACAAAAGGAUUUAAGGCUUUAGAUUUAAAGAUAUUCUUAUCUGUUUUUUUUACUAUUUAAAAUCUAAAAAAUGUUUCUUAGCUUCUGAACUUUGUAAGAGUUAAAAAUUUGUAAUCACAAAUAAGCACAAAUGUUUUCAUUAACCAAAUUAAAAUUUAUAAAAUUGUUACAAAGUUUAAUGAAAACUAAUAUUUGUUAAACUUCAUUUACAAAUUUUAACAAAUAUUCGACUUGUUUAAAUAUGAUUGGCGAAGUUAAACAAAAAAUGCCAGUGUAUAAUCACAAAUAAAUAUUACCUAAUGUAAAAUUUUAUUUUAGUAGCAUUAAAAUUUCUUUUGUAACUUAUUAAGUGAUGACCUACAUUUUACUCAGGGUUCAUGGCACUCAGGGAAAACCUGGAAAACCAGGGAAAAGUUUUGAAAAUUUAAAAAAUCAAGGAAUACCUGGGAAAGUCAGGGAAUAUUUGUUAAAAAUCUGUAUAAUCAGGGAAAACUCAGGGAAUAUUUUUCAGUUUUAUAUUUAGCUUGAAGUUAUUUUUCAAAAUAUACAACUUGAGUGUUUAUUGUUAUUGAAAGUUGCUCACUAAAGUGGUUUUUUAACUUUUAUAUUAUAUAGUAACUAUAUGUUUAGCUAAACGUAUAAAUAAAUAUAAUAAUAUAAAUCAUGACUUCAGAAAAGACUUAUUUUUAAGAGGAUUGAUUACAACAAGAUAUUUAUAAAGAUUAGUUAGUUCCUGACGCACAUGCAAAAACUAAAGCUCAUUGUAAAAAAUGUAAAAAAUCAUUUGAAUUGUCCAAUAUGGGUAUUCAGGCUGUUAAAAGUCAUGCAGCAGGUAAGAAGCAUCAGUCUGCUACAAAGCCUGUUAGUUGUUUCUUUAUUAAUGGAAAAGAGUUGCAUGCUGAACCUUUUGGAAGUGAAGAAAAAAUAUCCACAUUUUCCACCAAAAAACAAUCAAUUAUUGUCUCUUUAAUUAAAUCAUCAUUAUCAACUAACGCUGAGAUCAUAUGGGCCCUGAAAUCUACAAUGGGCUGCUACUCUAAUAACUCAUGUGCAAAUUUAAACGACACUUUUAAAAAGAUGUUUCCUGAUAGUAAGAUAGCAGAAGAUUUCACUAUGAACACCUCAAAAGUAUCUUACAUUGUUAACCAUGGACUAGCCCCAUACUUCAAGACACUUUUAAAAGAAGAAAUCACAAAGUCUGAUUGUUACAUUGUAUUUUUUUAUGAAAGUUUGAACGACAUAACCCAAACUUGUCAGAUGGAUCUACUUGUUCGGUAUUGGGAUGACAAUGACAAAUUUAAAUAUCGGACAUCUGCAUUUCUUGGUCAUUCUGCAGCUUCUGACCUUCUUACACAUAUCAACGAAAACGUAUCAAGAUUUGAUUCAAGUAAAAUGUAUCAAGUUUUCAUGGAUGGACCCUCUACAAAUCUGAAAUUUCUAGAUGAUCUAAAUAAACGCAGAAUGGACAACGAGAUGUCACAACUUAUAGUUGCUUUUUGCAUGUAAUCCAUGGUGCUUUCAAAACAGCUAUCAAAUCAACAUCAUGGAAUAUUAAAGAAACUUUAAAAGGGUGUUGGCAAAUUCUUCAUGAUAGCCCAGCUAGACGUCAAGAUUAUGAAACACAGGUGCAACAAAAUACAGGUGCAACAAAAUCAAAUCACAGGUGCAACAAAAAAAACAAAUCACAGGUGCAACAAAAUACUUUCUUUUUUUUUUGCGGAACAAGGUGGGUUCAAAGUAAAUUUGUUGCAGAUCGUUGCAUUGAAAUCUGGCUUAAUAUAUGUAAGUUGAUUGAGUUAUGGGAAAAGUUACCAUCUUCGAAACAACCUAAAUCAAAAGCUUUUUAAAUGUAAAAAAGGCUGUUAAAGACAAACUUAUUAUUUCAAAAUUUAAAGUUUUCAGCUUUGUUGCAAGCAUAUUAGAGCCAUAUUUGUUGGCAUACCAAACUGACAAACCAAUGAUUCCAUUCAUGUAUAGUGACUUAGAAAGACUGUUACAAACCAUACUGAGCUUGUUUGUGAAACAAGAUGUUAUUGGUAAUAGUUGUAUUUCAGUCCAACUAAAAGAUUUAAAAGACUAUCAUAAAAAAGAUAAUCUACUUAAAGGAAAUCAAAUCAAACUAGGGUUUGUAGCUGAAACAAGACUGGCUGCUUUACGAAAGAAAGAUAUAAUAACCAUUGCUGAUAUUCAAAGUUUUCACAAAGAUUGCACUAACAUGUAUGUUAUAUUGAUUGAAAAGUUCAUGGAGUGAACUCCACUAGGAUCUAUCAUUGUACGCAAUUCUCAGGUUCCUUUACCCAAAUGCAAUGGUAGCAAUGACUCCAGAAGAUGCUGAGAAGAAGUAUAAAUCUUUAUUUCUUACUUGAUUAGCUUGAAAUAUAUUUCACCAAUCUUUUCUGAUAAAGCUUUAAAUCAAUUUUCAGAUUUCUUUAGAGAAUCAAGGGUUUAUCAAGACAUCUUUCAUGAAUUCAAUCGAGAAAGAGAUAGUUUAGACGAUUUCUAUUUAAAAAAAUUUAAUCUAAAUAAAUAUAAAGAGUUUGCAUUGACUGUUAAAAUAUUGACAUGCCAUGGACAAGUCUCAGUUGAGAGAGGUUUUAGUAUAAAUGCCAUAGUACUAGAACAGAAUUUAAAUGAAAAAUCAAUAACUGCAAGACAUUUAGUCAAAGAUCAUAUGCUAUCAAAUAAUCUUUAGCCACAUAAUAUGUAAAUUACAAACAAAAUUAUCAUCAUCGUAAAAUCGGCACAUAAAAGAUAUAGAAGCUACCUAAGUUCAAUCGCAGACACUAACAAAAAAGAAGCAAGUCAAUUGGCAAAAAAAGUUGUUAGCGAUGAAAUAAAAGAUGUUGAAACAAGGCAACAUCAACUGAAGAAAAUCAGUGAAAUGUGGCAGUUUGAUUUUGUAAAAUUUGUUGAGGAAGCAGAGGAGAAGCAAGAUCUAGGGUUAAUUUCUAAAGCUAAUGCAAUGAAACGAAAAGCAAAUGAAAAA